CGCCCCCUCUGCGCCCCACAAUAAACAGGCCAACCACCUGACCCUGCUGCCCUGCAUCCUUCCAUCUCACCUACUUAUUGAACCACCUUAUGCCCUCAUCACGCCCUCGUUUUUCCCUCUCUCUCCCUCACUCCCCUUCCACUCUUUCCUCUCCUCCUCCUCUUCCUCCUCUUCUUCUUCCUUCUCUCCCCCCAACAUGACCAUAACCAAGACCUUCUCUCGUUCUCAAAUCAUUGACCUCCAGGACCGAGGUUUCAUAGAGGCCCUUACAUAUCUCGACUACGCAUCACAACGCCAACUGUGCCACUUCGUCGGGGGGAUCCCCUACGCUCUCCCUCCGACAGGUCCCUAUCGAUUUCAGAGGCCUCGUCCCUUGCCACCAUGCUACCGCUACGGGACAAUGGCCAACCCCGGCCGCUUCACAGGAGCCACCGGUCUAUGCCCACAGCCACUCCCACAAACUGAUUAUGAAUGGGAUGAGGACUGCUUACAGUGCGACAUCUGGAUGCCCACUGGAAAAGCCCCCUCUGAAGGUUGGCCUGUGCUGGUUUGGUAUCAUGGAGGCUUCCUGCAGUACGGCAGCACAGAGGCCGAUUAUUGCAAUCUUUUGAGUGAUACCGCUUUCGGUGCCAUCAUUGUUGCACCCGCCUACCGUCUCAAUAUCUUUGGCUUCCUGGCCUCGAAAGAGUUGCUCGAGGAAGAUCAGCAGAACGUUCUUGGCUUUUCGGCAAAUAACGGCUUCUGGGAUCAGCGCCUAGCCCUGGAGUGGGUAUGGAAGAACAUCCACUAUUUUGGCGGCGAUGCAACCAACAUCACAAUUGGCGGUUACUCCGCAGGAGCCCACUCCACAUUCCAGCAACUGGCGUAUGAUUUGGGCCAGCCAGAUGAAAAGGCCAUUGUGCGACGUGCCCUCAUGUUUUCCAACGGCCCUGGGAUGCAGCCCAAAUCGUUGGAUGAGGCGCAGUUGCAGUUUGACGAGCUCAUCACUAUGCUGGAAAUCCCGGCCGAUAUGUCACCUGCCGAGAAGCUGGCUACGCUCCGCACCCUAGACCCACAAACAUUGAUCAACGCGAGCGCGAGAAUGAAGUACCACGAAUUCCGCGGCGUCACAGACGAUACUUUCAUCCACCAGAGCCUUCUUGCUGAGCUAUACAAUGGCAAGCUAGCCGAAGUCAUGAAACGCAGGAAUGUCAAACUCAUGAUGGGUGAAUGCCGAGAUGAGCACUGGGUCUACCGGCAAUGGAGAACGCCAGAGAACAGCUACAACGGCCUAAUGCGUCGCCUUCGCGCCGACUACUCCCUAGCAGCAUGCACAGCGCUCAUGCACUACUACUUCCCGGACCGCAAGCUGCCACAUCUGUACAAGGACUGGCAAGAUGCUUUUGGACACAUCUACGCCGACAUUCAGAUUCAUCAUCUGGAACGCGGCAUGGCGAACGCGCUCGUAAACCACGGUGCGGGUCAUCUCUUGUAUCGAUACAGAGUGGAAUGGCGGGCGCAAUGCUGCGACAGACACUUUCCCAAAGAGUGGGGUGUCACGCACGGCACCGAUGCCGCCUCCAUAUGGUUCUGGGGCGAGAGCGGACGGUUGAGCAACAAGGAAAAGGAACUGGCGCGGCACGCCUUCCAUGACCUGUUUGCUCGAUUUGUCGCUGGCAAAGACGUAGAAUGGGGUACGCAGCAUGCGCUUCAGCUGCGAACGAUGAAGCCGGACGGCAGCGUCGCCAUCGAGGCUGAUCAAGGUCUGAUCGAAGGCGUCAAGGUGUGGAAUCUGCUUAAGAGCGCCGGCGCCCUUGGUUCAGACUCUUCAUCAUCCUCACCGUCGCAGCCAGAAGAGAGGAAGGGGAGAUCACCAGCUGCAGACAACACCACAUCCAUUUCCACAUCUGUCGAGGCAGUUGCUCUCUACAAUUUCCACGCCACAACAAACACCGAACUCGAUGUUCUCGCGGGCGACCUAAUAUUAGUCGUCAAUCAGCACGAGAGCGGGUGGUGGGACGGCGUGUUGAACGGUGUGCGAGGAUGGUUCCCUAGCAGCUACUGCAAAGUGGUUGGGGAGAAGGCGAGGCUGUGA